GCUCAAUAAUGCUGGAUGGAUUGAUCUACCGGGACAGCUUACUGGAGUACAAUCUUAAUAAAUCGCUUCCUACCAAGCGACCCAGCCACUUGUCCAUAAUUCUGCCCCAGAGUCACGGUCUGAGUAAUGUCGACAAGAGCCUACGUGAGAAGGCUGUCGAAGAUGUUGUGAGUCUUUGUUACUGGUCCAUGUGCUCUCACAUUUGGACCUUCACUAUUUAUCACAGAUCAGCUACCUCAGCCGACGUUCAAUGGGACAUACUCUAUUCGCUCGUUCGCAAGAUUCGAUCGUCAAGUAUUCAGACACCACCGUGUAUAAAGAUAUCCACACUGAGUUCCGUUCUGGAGUCCAGUGAGCCGGACACUGAUCAAUCUAAAUGUCUCAAUAUUCGCAUUCUGAACCAUUCCGAUGGCCAGGAGGCUAUCGUCAAACUUGCACAACGAUUGCAGAGUUUGAAUGAAGAGGGUACGGUGCCAGAGGAAGUUCUUAGCUCUGAAGCAAUUACCAAGGAGCUGGAUAACUUGUAUGGAUGUGCUCCCGACCUCAUCUUUGUUUUCGGGCCGCAGUGCUGCUUGAAUGGAUAUCCUCCGUGGUAUAUGAAGUAUGCGGAGAUAAAAGUCUUUCCCGAUGUUCCAUGCCUUAGAUAUAUUCAGUUCGUGAAAGGGCUCCACAAGUUCGCUAAGGUGGAGAUGCGGGAGGGCAAGUAAAAAUCUCGGAGAUAGCAAUAUGUGGGAGUUUCACACCACUGGAAUUUAAUCAUCAUGAACUACCUA